AUGGCUCAAACCACACUAUGUCGACUUUGUGUGGAAGUUUGUAAUCAAUAUAAAACUCUGUGCGAUGAAAAUGGUGAAAGCAAUGCAAUUUAUGAGACCACAGUCAAAUAUUUCGAUCCAAUUCUCUUAAACUUGGACGAAGAAAAACAACCAGUAAUAUGUAUCGGUUGCUGGCGGCACAUAGACGAUUUCCAUAAUUUCCAGAUGUCUGUAGUAUUGGCCCAAUCUAAAUUGACUGAAUACACUAGCCAACAACACAUAGAACUGGAAACGAUAGUGAAGACAGAAGAUCAAAAUAUUGAAGAACCUAUAUUAGAGUUAAAGGAAAAUAUCGAGACGAAUAUUUGUAGCACAGAAAGCAAUGUAGAUAAUGAAUGUGAUGAAAAAGAUUUCAUAGGUUUUCCAGAAGUUGAUGAUGCACGUGACAUAUACUUUAGUUCUGAUGAUGAAAAGCCUCUGUUGGAAUGCAUAAAAACACGAUCAAGGGGUAAGAAAAAGACGGAACCUAAGGAGAAAAAUAAUGUAGUAAAAAUUCCAAAGAAACGUGGGAGAAAACCAAAAGCAAAGAAUCUAGAAGUCACGAAUGACAAAGGUUUAGAUUCUGGCAGUUUGGAUGUUUCAUUGAAGGAAGAAGAUAUAGCAAACGACACAAAUGAUGAAGGUAAUACAACAAACUUGAACAAUACGUCGGCCCCCAACAAAAGGACAUCCAAAGAAAUAGAUGAAUUUAUAGCAAAAUGGAAGCAGGAUCUAGAUUGUUAUCUGUGCAAUGCAACGGCGCCCAAUAUGGGGGCACUUCGAGUUCAUUUCCGCAAACAACAUCCCAAACAAAGAUGCUAUGUCCUGUGUUGUCAGCGAAAGUUGAGUCGCCGUUAUCAGCUCGAAGAACACAUUCGCGUUCACAUAGAUCCCGGCGCCUUCCAAUGCAAACUUUGUGGCAAAUGUUGUACAAAUAAACGGACAUUAAGCAACCAUAUGUACGAACAACACACCGAACAGGGACAGGAACGUUCAUUUGAAUGUCCAACAUGUCAUAAAUGUUUUGCCAAAAAGCCAGUUUGGAAACGUCACAUGGAGAUACAUGAACCGAAUAAAGAUUAUGUCUGUAGUGAAUGCGGCAAAGGAUUCCCCACCGAACAACGACGUAUUGUACACCAACGGAUGGUGCAUAAUGUGGAACGAGUAUGUGAUCAAUGUGGGAAAACUUUUCGUGGUAUCUAUUCGCUGCGCACACAUUUGCAAGAGCAUGCCGGCAUAGAGAGGCGAAAGUGGCCCUGCGAUCAAUGUAGUGCAAAGCUGAAUACACAUGCAAGUUUAAAGCGACAUAAAUUGGUGGCUCACAACGAUGGAACGACCGUUUAUCGGUGUAGCGAAUGUGGAAAGGUUGCACCGUCCUCAAUUGCUUUACUUAGUCACAAGAAAUAUGUCCAUCAAGCACAGCGAAAAUAUAAAUGUACAAUUUGUGACAAAGCAUUCAAAACUAAUUUGGUUUUACGUGAGCAUAUGGCCAGCCAUACUGGUGAAGAUCUCUACACCUGUCCCCAUUGUCCGAAAACAUUUAAAGUCAGUUCGAAUAUGCAUCAUCAUCGUAAAAAGGCUCAUCCUGUGGAAUGGGCUGCCGCUAGAGCGAAAAAGCCUAUGACUGCAAGUAUUAAUAUGUCACAAGUAUCACAGGAAAUUGUUAUGUAAAAAUUGUAUAUA